GCGUUGCAGGCGUGUGUGUGCCGCAUGUGUAGCUAGCAUGGUUGAGUUUCUCAGCAUCAAGUCUUAAACAACCGCGCUUUAAUAACGCAGCAUGGAGAGUUUAGUGACUGACGACUUCAUAUCCGCUCAGCCUGAAGCAGAUGAGCCAGUGGGUGUCAAGCUUCCAGAUGAUCGUGAGAAACCAGAGCAACAAGAAAGUACCAGUCCUGCAGAAGAACUCACACUUCACAGCCAUGACACUGUACCUGCUGUGGGUACAGCAGAGGCUGCUCCACAGCUGAGUGAGGCUUUGGAUGUUAAGCUACUGCAGGAACAUGAGAAACCAGAAGAGUUACCAGAAACCAUCAUCACUGCUGAAAAAAGUGCCCUGCAGAGCCAUGUUGGUUUACCUGAGCUGUCUAUAGGAGAGGCUGCCCCACAGCUGACAGAUGCCAUGGAAGUCAAGCUACCAAAAGAACAUGAGAAACCAGAGGACUCCUCAGAAACCAACAUGAUUAUAGAUCAGUGUGCGCUGCAGAGCCACAGUGAUGUACCUGGCCUGGCUACAGCAGAUUCCGCCCCACAGCUGAGUGAGCCUGUGAGUCACAAGCCGCCAGGUGAACAUGAGAAACCAGAGGUGUCUGAAAUGAACAGUGCUGCAGGAAAAGGUGCACCACAGUGCCAUGAUGUUGCGUCUGAUGUGAGUACAGCAGAGGCUGACCCGCAGCUGAGUGAGCCCAUGGACAUAAGAGUAUCUGACCAGGAAGAAGAUCCAUGCUGUGGCUCUCAGAGUGAGGCGGUGAAUAAAGGCAUAGUGAGUCCUACGCAUGGUGGAGGAGGAUCAUUGGCCCUGUUGAGCAUGCAGUAUAGAGAGGACAGCUCAGAAGAUCUCUCAGAUAGUGAUUCUGACUCUGACUCAUCUUCAUCCACAUCUUCCUCAUCCUCCUCCUCCUCUUCCUCUGGUGUCAUAAGCUUGGUGAUGAAUGAGUGUGACCAAGAUGAGGAUCAAGAAGACGGUCAUGCUCCUGGGAAGAGACCACAGCCAGUGAAGACUCAAGACGAACUUCUGAUUGAGGACCUCCCUGCAGUGGAAAAUCUGACCAUCAGCCUUCCUGAGGACACAGAAAUGGAGCCCAUUGGAGUCAUCUCAAGCGUCGUAGACCAACUAGUCAUUAUUGAGUCAAAAAAAGAUUCGAAACCACUGAACGAUGACAGUGUCCUGUUCAACAAGGACAGGUCAGCUGUCGGCAGGGUGUUUGAAGUCUUUGGCCCAGUUUGCCAGCCGUACUACAUCUUGAGGUUCAACUCUCAAGAAGACAUAGAGCAGAGGAACCUCAGAAUAGGGGAGUCAGUUUUCUUUGCCCCAAAAAUCAAAGACUUCACCGACUACAUAUUCACUGAGCAGCUCAACAAAAUGAAAGGAUCAGAUGCUUCCUGGAAAAAUGACCAGGAGCCUCCCCCAGAGGCUCUAGACUUCAGUGAUGAUGAACAGGAAAGGCUGGCCAAGCAAAAGCUGAAAGAGCAGAAGAGACAGCAGCAUCAGCAGCAGAACCGGGAGGAGUCUGAUUCGGAUGAUGAUAACCCUACCUGUAAACCUCAGAAACCCCCCAGAAGAAAACCCCAGAACCGGAAGCCUCAGCGUGACCACCCUGGGUACCACAAUCCUCACGGUAGCUUCCACAGCAACUACCAUGCCAAUCCCCACUUUCAGCCACAAAACAGACCCCACUUUCAACCCCAAGGAAAUCCACACUUUCGGCCCCAAGGUAACCCCUACUUCCAACCAGACUACACAUUCCCUCCACCUGGCCCCUUCCAUCCUCCCUUCCAGGGUCAAGGCUUCCCUCCCUACCCUGGACCGCCUCCUCCUCACAUGGGUGUGGGUCCCUGGCCCCCAGGCCCUUACCCAGGCAUGAUGUUCCACCUUCCACCACCUCCCCCUCCACCUCCUCCAUCAAAUUAACAAAGCCGUCUAAGACUUUGUGUCUAGUGCCCUUUUAAAGGGAUUCACGGUACAUUUGAGGUCAAACUGUCCUUAAAAUCCCUCCACUGGACUCAUCUACUUGAGCUGAACUGACUGGGUAAGAGCACGCUAUUCUUCUGUAAGGAGAAUGGGUCUGAAGUAGAUUUGAAGAGAUUAAUUUCCUUUUGUCAAAGGAUUAUGCUAAUGAAUGUGUGAUGGAGAAAAAGAUUAUAUGGGUAUCACAUGGUGGUACCAGCUUUUUUUGUAAAUCCUUUGUUUACUUAUAUACCCAGAUUUACAAGUCAGACUAAAUAAAUAACUCAACAUUGGAAAUGUACAGCUUUUUCUUUGUUAUAAU